UGGACCUAUUAUAACCUUAAAUCGAGACACAUCCUUCACAGUCCUCCGCUUUUUCCACUUCUCUGCACGGAGAAACUCUUCUUCCUCACUUCAGGUUUCAAAUUCUUCUUCAUCUAUUAGUCAUCUUCUUCAAACACAAAAGCUUCCAAAUCAGAUUUUCUUGCCAAAAAAAAAAAGGAGUUUUCUGUGCCCUUUCCCAAGUUGCAAGCAAUUUCUCCACAUCUUUUCCUUCCUUUUUCUUCCCUGAAGCUUUCGACUUUCCUUGUUCAUUUUUUGCUGAGUCACUGAAAGCUUUCUAUUUGCUUGUACUAGUAACAUUUGCAGCGAAACAAGUAACACGUGAGCACCAAAAUCUCAGACAUUCUUCAAAUUCCUUCAACAUUUACACGUUGUGAAUCCACACUAAAAUGGCGAAAUCGAUGAUGCCUUUCGUUUUCACGUUAUUUCUCUUCCAUCGAUCACUCGCCGGUUUUCUUGUCGAACCGGCUCAACCUCUCAAACCGGGAGACUAUUCGACCCCGAACACGGUCCCUGCGUUUCCGGUCCAAACGCUGACGCCGACGUGCCGGCUUGACCUCUCUGCAGAGCUAUUCGGCGGCGUGAAGGACGCCUGUAGCCGGAACCUCGACCGGAGCCGAUGUUGCCCGGUUCUCGCAGCGUGGCUGUUCGCGGCGCACGCUCGCUCGGCUCUACAGGUCUCGGCGGCGGUUCCUCCGGCGUCUUCCGACCUUCCGAUGAUGCCGGACGACUCGCAGAAGUGUGUGAACUCGCUUCAGAGCUCGCUGCAGAGUCGAAACAUCAAUAUUCCUCAGCCUAACGCUUCCUGCGACGCCGUUUUGUGCUUCUGUGGAAUUCGGCUGCACCAGAUAACUUCUCUGAGCUGCCCAGCUGCGUUCAACGUCACAGCCAAUCGGAAUGCAACACCUACGGCGGCUGUUAGAAAUCUCGAGCGUAAUUGCCGGAACUCGUCCUACGCCGGUUGUACUAAGUGCCUCGGAGCUCUACAAAAGUUAAAAGGCGAGGGCAAAAACGGAAGCGAAGAAGUCGGUGGUAGUGACCGAGCGAGCAAGAUGUUCAGCAAGGGGGACUGCCAGCUCAUGGGGUUGACGUGGCUCUUAGCGCGGAACAAGACGGCGUACAUACCGACGGUUUCGGCUGUUCUACGCGCCGUCAUGUACAGUGCGCACCCACCUCACGAGACCAAGUGCAGCCCAGACCAGGAGAACAUGCCUCUCGCCGUCGAUUCUCUGCA